AUGGAAAACCAGCUUUUGGUUUGGAACCCGUUGUUGAAAGAAACAAGAUGGGUCAAAUGCGGCAGCGACUUUCACAUAUUUGACGAUGCUUACUUCCUUGGAUACCUCAACCAUUGUGAUUACAGGAUCUUAAGGUUUCGAUGUGCUGGUAAUUCAAGAAAUAGACCUCCAAGAGUUGAGGUCUACAAAUUCGCAUCUAAGACAUGGAAGGUUAUAGAUAUGAUCAGUUUUGAUUGGGUCCUUAAAGUACCAUUGUCGACACUCUCCUUGAGAGGAACUCCUUAUUGUAUUGGUCUUCGAAAAGAUGAUACUAAAGCUUUCAUACAAAGCUUUGAUUUCUCCAAAGAAAGGUUUCAACCCUUAGAAGAUCACCUACCAUUCGAGUAUGAUGAGUUUAAUCCUAUUGGACUGGAGAUUUUUAAAGGAGAUCGGCUUUCGGUGUUAGAGCAAUGUCACAAAACAAGGAAGAUAUGCGUAUGGGUGAAGCAUUGGAUCAUGCUACCUUCUUGGAGCAGAUUACUUGUCAUUGACAUACCGCAUUUUCCGCUCUUAUAUCCACAUAUUAGCCGCGUUUUGACAAAUUAUUUUGUCGACAAAAACAACAGGGUCGUCAUAACUUCUACUGACGACGAUGGAAUAUUGAUUAACAGAGUCAUCGGCGAAAAGGAUUUCCAAACAAGUAAAGCAAAUGCUGUGGAAGUUAAUCCGCCUUCUCUAUGCAACUACGUCCCUAGCAUAGUUAGGAUUCCUAGAUUUUUUAAGCAAGACACGAGUCGGAUUCGAUUCAGAAGAAAUAGAUUCCACUAG